AUGCUCAAAAAUUUGAUUCCCGAGCCGGAUCUGAGUUUCGAUGGGAUUCCGCUGUAUCCCGAAUUCCUCCCGUGUCUCCAAAUUUUGCGUCGCAAAUCGCGGGGUCGUGGAAAGAAUACACAACUGCCUUUCGUCUUUCGCAGAUUUUACAAAAACGAGGAAGAGAUGAUGACGAGUGCCGAGUUCGACAUCGAUGGUCGGUCAAAACAUUCAACUAAACAUUAU